AUGCUUUGGAAACUCAGGUUAGUGGUUCAACAUCUUUCCCACCUAUCCAAGAAAAAGAAUACUUUUCAUUUUCUCUUCAAGAAAAAGAAGUCUUGAAGGAAGAAACGAGCAAAAAUGGCACUAGAUGGAGAGACUAAAACUGAGUCAGGUAACGAAAAGCAAGUGAGCAAGCACCAAGAGGUUGGCCACAAGAGUCUUUUGCAGAGCGAUGCUCUUUAUCAGUAUAUUCUUGAAACGAGUGUGUAUCCACGCGAACCGGAACCCUUGAAGGAGCUUAGAGAGGUCACGGCAAAACAUCCAUGGAAUCUGAUGACAACAUCAGCAGAUGAAGGACAGUUUAUAAACAUGCUAUUGAAACUAGUGAAUGCUAAGAACACCAUGGAGAUUGGUGUCUUCACCGGUUACUCCCUUCUUGCUACGGCCCUUGCUCUUCCUGAUGAUGGCAAGAUUUUAGCAAUGGAUAUAAACAGAGAUAACUAUGAGUUGGGACGCCCUAUCAUAGAGAAGGCUGGAGUCGCCCACAAAAUCGACUUUAGAGAAGGCCCUGCCUUACCGGUCCUCGAUGAAAUGAUUGCAGAUGGAAAAUAUCAUGGGACAUUUGACUUCGUAUUUGUUGAUGCUGACAAAGACAACUACAUCAACUACCAUAAAAGGCUGAUUGAUUUAGUAAAAGUCGGUGGUUUGAUUGGUUACGAUAACACCCUAUGGAAUGGCUCAGUUGUUGCCCCACCAGAUGCACCAAUGAGAAAGUACGUAAGGUAUUACAGAGAUUUUGUGUUGGAACUCAACAAAGCCUUAGCUGUUGAUCCAAGGAUUGAGAUAUGCAUGCUUCCUGUUGGUGAUGGGAUUACCUUAUGUCGUCGGAUCAAUUAAUUUUUAUCCAUGUUAUGAUAGCGUCUACCAAACAAAAUGGGAUAUAUCAUAUAUGUUGUGGGUUGGCCCCAAUAUAAAGAUCGCAUAUGCUUUUGUUUUGUUAAUUCCUUUAUUUUAUCUAUUUUGUAUAAUAUAUGAUCAUUGAAUUACCAGAUGAUCCAUUAUGCA